CUCUGAUUGGCUGCCAGCGGACGCCCCGGACCGAGUCGCUCUCCUCGGUGCUGAAAACGCAGACCGUCUCGAUAAUGUGAACGGCGAUGAGGCCAAAAGGAGCAUCGGUAAUAAAAAUACAAAUAUGGACGAUGACCUUUUUCAGCUGAGACAACUUCCUGUUGUCCACUUCCGUCGUACAGGUGAAAGCCCACGCUCUGCGGAAGAUUUUGAAAGCUCAGAGCAAGAUGUCCGACCAGCAGAGCCUGUUGAUCCGGAGUCUGUGGCGCUUGCAGAAGAAGCACCGGUGCCUCGAGAGUUUGCCAAUCCAACUGAAGACACAUUUAUGGUGGAGGAUGCUGUGGAGGCCAUAGGCUUUGGCACAUUCCAGUGGAAACUCUCCAUCCUCACUGGCUUGUCCUGGAUGGCUGAUGCUAUGGAGAUGAUGAUACUCAGCAUCUUAGCCCCGCAGCUCCACUGUGAAUGGAGACUGCCAAGCCUCGAGGUGGCACUGCUCACGUCGGCAGUGUUCAUUGGAAUGAUGAUUAGCUCUUCUCUUUGGGGAAACAUAUCUGAUAAAUAUGGCAGAAAGAUGGGCUUGACGCUAAGUGUGCUUUGGACCAUGUUCUACGGUAUCAUGAGCGCAUUCGCUCCCAUUUACGGGUGGAUCCUGGUCCUGCGUGCGCUGGUGGGCUUCGGUAUAGGAGGGGCACCUCAGUCGGUGACCCUGUAUGCUGAGUUUCUUCCCAUGAGAUCCAGGGCCACAUGCAUCUUGUUGAUUGAGAUUUUUUGGGCAAUCGGCACAGUUUUUGAAGUCCUGCUAGCAAUCCUGGUGAUGCCCACUCUGGGCUGGCGCUGGCUGCUCGGCCUUUCCACCACCCCUCUCUUCCUUUUUGCCUUUCUGUGCUAUUGGCUCCCAGAGAGUGCUCGCUACGACGUGCUGACGGGGAACCAGGAAAAGGCUCUGGCCACUCUGAAACGUAUUGCCUCAGAGAACGGCGUCCCCAUGCCUCUGGGGAAACUCAUUGCUGCCAGACAGGAAGAUCGGGGGAAGAUUCGUGACUUGUUUUCAUCGCAUCUCCGCUGCACUACAGUUCUUCUCUGGUUUAUUUGGUUUGCAAACGCCUUCUCUUACUACGGACUGGUGCUGCUCACCACAGAGUUGUUUCAGGAGGGAGGUGCAUGUGGAAUGUCCAAAGGAGGUAAAAAGGAGCUCCGAUGCAACCUGGAGUGUAAAUACCUGAAUUCUGACGACUACAAAGAUCUGCUCUGGACAACAUUAUCUGAAUUCCCCGGACUGCUGGUGACACUGUGGGCUAUUGAUCGUCUGGGCCGGAGAAGGACCAUGGCGUUGUGUUUCCUUGUCUUCUCUCUGUGCAUCAUCCCUCUGUAUGGAUGUGUUGGGAGAGUGUCCAUGACGGUGCUGAUAUUCAUAGCCAGGGCAUUUAUCGCCGGAGGCUUCCAGGCAGCCUAUGUUUACACUCCAGAGGUUUAUCCAACAGCAACCAGAGCUCUGGGUCUGGGAACAAGCAGCGGAAUGGCCCGAGUUGGCGCCCUCAUCACUCCUUUUGUUGCGCAGGUGAUGCUGGAGUCUUCGGUGUACCUGGCCCUCUCUGUGUACUGCUGCUGCUGCCUGUUUGCAGCGGUUGCCUCCUGCGCUCUGCCCAUUGAAACCACAGGCCGGGGUCUGCAGGAGUCCAGCCACCGUGAGUGGGGGCAGGAGAUGGUGGGCCAAAAAUCAGAAGAUGUCGCAAACUCCAACUCUGACUCCCAGGGUUCAGAACAAGUUGGCUGAGGUACAAACGGAAGGUCGGGAACAGCGGCGAGACCAGAUGAGAAGAUGGGAGAAAGCUAAAGUUUGCCCUUCUUGUAUGUUUUCUCCUAAGAGCCAGGCAGCAUAAUUAUUAUUAUUUUUUUUACAUCACAUCACUGUAUGUAAAGUCUGUAAACACCACGGGUGUCACAGGGUUGCCACUGUUAAACUACGCACACCCACUGAGACCAAAAGGAUGUCCAGAAUUUCAGGACAGGAUGGUGAAAAUGAGAAACAGGGCCAAUAAGAAGUCUGAAAGUGAUAAAAA